ACCACAAUCAUUCAUUUGCCUAAGCGCAACUUUUCGCGGGUCGACUUUCUUUUCCGUACUCGCCAGACUUUCACUUCCAGUCCUUUUCCCAGUCUUUCUCGGGUUAAAUAGACGCAACUAUUGCCUGAGUUAGCCACCACAUUCUUUUGCGCCCAUUAUCGCAGACGCACCCCGCGGAACUUCAACGCAACGAGCAAAAUUUCAGUCGCUAGAACAAAGCACCAUUUUACAAACAUGCCUUCUUUCGCUCAGAUCCUGAUCGCCCUCGGCGCCGCUGGCAGCGCCCUCGCAGCACCCCUUGCCAACACCAGCGCGGCCGUCACUACGGAGCAGCGGUCCGCUGGGCAGACCUUCACGGGCGACAUCACCUACUAUCAGCCUGGGCUCGGCGCCUGUGGCGAAACGAGCUCGGACAGCGAGACCGUCGUGGCGCUUUCGCCGACGGAGUACGAUGGCAACUGCGGCAAGACUAUCACCAUCACCAAGGACGGCCAGACGGCUACGGCCAAAGUCGUCGACAAGUGCCCGAGUUGCGCGAGCGGAGCUAUCGAUGUGUCCUCCACCGUGUUCAAGUCGCUGGCCGACAUGUCGGUUGGGCGGACACAGGUCUCUUGGUCGUUCAAUUAAACGGGAAGGAAGCAAAUUUGUGCUUUCGAUGGAUAAGGGGUGAUAGAGGACGGGGGGCUAGUCCCUGCGCUGGACGCAGAUGGGACUUUAUCCGCUUUGCUGUCGUGCGGGUCAUGACGCGGGCGGUUGUAUAGCCUUGGGGGAAGGGGGUUGACGAGUAUGUCUGUCGCUUUAUGCAUGUUUGUGAUACCAUCGGAGAAGGAUAUGAU